AAUUUCUCACUGUAAAACUUUUCACUGUAGAACUAUUGAAAAUUAAAGAAAAAUAAUUAAAAUAUUUUAUAAAUAGUUCUUUAACAAAUGAAUAAUUUAGAUCUGGACCUUUGUACAAAUGCUAAAAAGAAACAUACAUGGACUGAAAAAUGAAUUGAAAAUAUAACAGAAAUAUCAUUUUAAGAAAUUGUUCUUUACGGGAUGAUUUAAAUAUUGGUUAUUAUUGUUGUGACAGUAACAAAAACGUAUUAUGUUAUACCCCCGGUGUCCGUCUGUCCUUCCGUCCGUUGGCAAUUUCUUGUCUGCUCGGUAACUCUUGAACCCCUUGAAGGAUUUCAAAGAAACUUUACACAAAUGUUCACCACACCGAGAUGAUGCGUGCAGAGCGUUGUGAAUGUCUCGUUUCAUGGUCAAGGUCACACUUAGGGGUCAAAGGUCAUAUGAGUUUGUUUCGUGUCCGCUCAGUAACUCUUGAACUACUCGAAGGAUCUCAAAGAAACAUGGCACAAAAGUUCACCACACCGAGACCACGUGCAGAACGCAUGUUCCGGAUGACUCGCUUCAAGGUCAAGGUCACACUUAGGGGUCAAAGGUCAUAUAUGACUUUGCUUUGUGUAAAUUGCUCUGCAUUGCAGUGCUCUUGUUUUGAUUUGGCAGAUCCCUUUUUUGUUCACCUACAAUCAUUUUUUUUAAUCACUUCCCUUUUAUGUUACUAUAAAUAGCUUAUUUUGAAACUUUUUUGUCAUUGGCCGUAGGGAAAAACCAAGACCACUUAUCUGUGGUACAACAUGGAUGGUACCUCCAAUUUUUAGGUGUAUUUUGACAUACCUUUACCUGGUAAGGAUUUUUUUUGGACUUAGAUUUUUUUUCGAAUUUCUUCCCUUUGUUGUUCCUGUCCUUUGGGCUUCAACAGUCAAGUUCUUUAACUUUUUCUCCCAUCCUCUGAUGUAACCCUUUUGGCGUAUAUUGCCCCGCUUGGCGGAGCUCUUGUUAUUUGUUUGCUGGCUAGACUUUUAAAGUUGUAGUACCGGUGCUGGGUCAGAGCUAUAUUGUAUUAUUUCUGUGCCUAAUCCUGCAUUGAUUUCUUUGCUAGCCAGCUCGGCUGUUACAACUGCACAGGUCCCGUCUCUUUGCAUGCUAGACUUUCACAAUUUCCUAUCCUUCGUCAAUCAUGGCUUUAUAUACUAGUUUGUUCAAUUGUGCUGAUUCCGUAUUUAAUCACAUUGGGUUCCGACAAUUGUGUGUUGUAUCCAAAGUGAUCGAUUUGCAGACUUAAUUGUUACAAAUGUACUGAUCAUGAGUCUAAUCCUAAAUGAUGUUUUAAGUCUAGGCUGCAAAAGUUGUAUUGAUCCUGUGUCUAACUAGACACGAGUUCUUUCGAAGACUAGGCUGUUACAAUUAUACGGAUUCUAUGUCCAAUCCUGAAUGAUGUGUUGAAGGCUAGGCUGCAAAAAAAAUUGGCCAAUGUCUUAUGCGACAUAAUGUCUUUGCAUGCUUUUCUCGGAUUGUAUUAGUCGAGGUCAUGUCUGCAUUAUGUUCUUGCUAUGUUGUAACUGUUGUAUAGAUCAACUGACAAAUCUUUAAAGGUUAGUCUUCACAAUAUUACUGAUUCUGUCUCUCUGCUGUCACGAUGCAGUCUAUGUUGUUACAAGAAAAUUCAUUGAUGCAAGCAUCAAAAACGCCGCCAAGUGUUUUGUCCAAGUACAUUUACUGCAAUAUGAGAAAUCACCUAAUUAUUACUGUGUUAGACUGACUGGUUACAAAUUAUCAUCAUUAGCACAUAAUACAAUAUAUGUUAUAAACUGUUAAAAACAGUCAAGAAUAAACAUGAUAAAGAAGUAUUACCAUGCAGUACAAAUCCUCUACCUGCAAUGACAUUGACAUUGCGAGUUGGCGGUCCCUUUACAUACAAAAUUAAAGUUAGUAUUUCAUCAACUAAGGGGAGCACCUGUGGAAAGUUCUUAUAUGCAGGUGCAUGUGUAUGAAGCUUCACAUAAAUGCAGUUUGUUGGAAAAUGAGGAAAUGCUGAAAAUUAUUUAUUUCAAAGUUGUGGUUCACAGAAACCAAAACAUUUUUUAUUAUCAUUUUCUAUUCACUGAUAAAGUUUCAUGGACCUUAGUCACCUACAUUAUAGAUUUCAGGAUUCAGAUUAUACACAGUAUUUUGUUGUUUCCGUUGCCAAAGCAAAGAAAAUUUUUGUCCAAAAAAAGAAUGAUAUAACACGCAUAAUUUCUAUAUUGCCCCUACAUACAAAGCAAAUGUCAUGAACCUUUCUGAUAUACUUUUGGAAUAUCAUAGAAUUCAGUUGUUAUUUUUUUUUUUCGGACGAACGGUGAACCUGAAGUCCUCUUUGGUUGAACCGAAAUGUCAGUGUCUGGUUACAGGAAAUUUAGCAAUCAUAAUAACCCACUGCUCACUGUGGUAUAAAUGUCAUUGUACCAGGCUAGGAUGUUACAAUUGCACUUAUCCCACGUCUAAUCCUACUCCAGAUUCUAUGCAAUCGCAUUCCCGUUUCCUUUCAGAGAAAAUUAUAUCACACGAUUUUCCAAAAUAUAGAUUAUUUGAAGAACAUAUACGAGAGAGAAGGGGAAAACAAGUUCAAAUAAAUAUACCAGUAUAUAAAGAUAUUCAUACUGUUGAUCCUUUACAAGAAGACUUGUCAUCUAAGCACUGGAGCAUAGAUAAUGUACCAAAGGUGGGCAAGACAGACCAUAUCUUCAUGGAUAAUUCUGGAUUUGGUGCGGGAAGCUGUUGUUUACAAGUUACAGUACAGGCUAAUGAUAUUCGAGAGGCAAAGUAUUUGUACGACCAGUUCAUUAUCCUCUGUCCAAUAAUGGUUGCGUUGAGUGCAGCAGCACCGGUCAAUAGAGGAUAUCUCUCUGAUUUGGAUACAAGAUGGACAGUGAUAUCACAGGCAAUGGACGAUAGAACUGAUGAAGAACUGGGGCUAAAAGUUCUAAAGGAAAAUAAGUUCGUGAUAAACAAGUCCAGGUAUGAUUCAGUAGACAGCUACUUGACCUGCUCUGCUUGCAGUGACGUAAAGCUUGUGUAUGACAGAGAUAUAUUUUUAAAACUGAAACAAGAAGGUGUGGACGACAUGUUGUCAAAACAUAUUGCUCAUGUAUUUAUCAGAGACCCUCUUACCAUUUUCACGGAAAGUCUUAACCAAAACGACAAUGAAAGUACUGGCCAUUUUGAGAAUAUUUACAGUUCGACAUGGCAAUCGGUCAGAUUUAAACUCCCAGCCCCAGGCAGCAAUGCAGGUUGGCAAAUCGAAUUUCGAGCUAUGGAUGUACAACUUACUGAUUUUGAAAAUGCUGCUUACAUAGUAUUUAUCAUUUUGACCUCGAGGGUAAUUCUUACAUUUGGAUUGAAUUUCGUGGUACCCAUGUCUAAAGCUGAUGAAAAUUUCUCACGGUCUCACAAGAGAGAUGCCAUCACAAGUGAAACAUUUUACUUCAGAAAUGAUUUAACAGGCAGAUGUUGCUGUGAAAACGCCGACGAAGAGUAUGAUCAGAUGACGGUUAACGAAAUAGUAAAUGGCAAGAAAAACUUUGUUGGACUCGUCCCUCUCAUCAACAAGUACCUGGAUAUGAUUGACGUUGACUUUCUCACCAGAAGAAAAAUUCAAGAUUACUUAUAUUUGGUUUCAAGUCGUGCCUCUGGCAAACUAAAGACAAUGGCCGGUUGGAUCCGAGAUUUUGUGUUAAAUCAUCAAGAUUACCAGCAAGAUUCUGUUGUAUCAGAAACCAUUAACUACGACCUUCUUCUGAAGUGUGUUAAUGUAUCGCAAGAAGAAAACUUUGAUUUCAAACUGUUCACAAAUGAGAAGUCUUGCAAUAUUUGAUAAUAAAACUAUGAUACAUAUAUCAAAUGAAAGAUUAAGACGGAUGAUUCAAUGUCAUACCGUAAAAAACAAACAUGAACAUGUCAAUGGACAGAGCGGAUCACAUAUAAAAUUUAAACUGACAUAACUUUUCAACGAUUUCGAAGAUGUACUCAUUGUAUAUGUUGAUCACCCAUGAUGGGAAGACCUCAAAUCUUGUUGAAAUCAUAUCUUAGCAGUCUGAAAAUGCUAGCACCUGUUUAGAAAUGAUUGCAGUCGCACAAAAGCAUACUUAUCUAUAUCAAAAUAAAAGAAUUGGCAAUCGCUAAUUACUAAAACUCACCUGUAAUAGUCAAAACAGUAAAUGAGAAGUUUGCACGACAACAAUGCUGUCCUUGUAUAUUAUUUCUAAAGAAUGUGCUUUCAGAAUGAUUUUGUAGUGCAAUACUUUUUUUUACAUGUAGCAUAUCCUUAACAUAAAAACAUGAACAAACUGCCAUUUGAAGGAGAGUACGUGCUAUAUCUUGUUUCGAUGUAAUUAAGUUUCUCUGUACUGUAUAUGAGAGUACGUAGAUAUCUUGUUUUGAUGUAUUUGUUUCAAUGUACUGAAUAUGAGAGUA